UGCAGUGUAGGGGAGCGUGAGCACCUGCCAGGCCGCUCACAGUGAUAGAGCCCUCAAGUAGACUAAGAAGCUGUGUUGCCGAGGACCACGUCUGGCUCCAGCAGCUCAGAUGAGGAGGCGUCACGGUUCGGGGAGGCGUGUGACCCCACCCUGUGGAGGACGGCCACGCAGGGAGCCGCCAAGAAUGAAAUCUGCAGAGCGGAGGCAUCUGAUGAGAAGCCCCAGCCAAGGCGACCAGAGGCAGGCCUUCAUGCUGCUGGAGAAGAUGCACACAACCCUUGCCGGGGCGCAGGGCAAGGCAGGGUGUGUGGGGCUGAGGCACAAGGAUGGCCAUGGCCCCGGCAUACAGAGCAGGCCAUCGUCAGGCAGGGCAGAGGCCAGCACAGCGAGGGUGGCCAUGGCUGCCCCAUCCACACUCUCCCUUCCUGGCCAAGCAGCUCACCUCAAGACUGGACGGGAGUGUGGAGUACCAGGGUGACCAGGAGCACAGACUGACCAAGGAUGGCAGUGGUGAGGGUGGUGGUGGUGGUGGUGGCCAGCCCCUCCAUCAUCCCCUCCGCCUCCUGACUAACCUGCCGCUCGCCCCUCAAGGCAUCACUGACCCCACACACGCAGCAACCAGAAGGAGCAGGCCGGACAGAAUUCCCAAGACUCUCCUACUUUGGCGGCUGUGAUGCGGUGAGAGUCCUGGGUUGUGUCUGUGGGUGUUUCCAUGGGUAGUGUUAUGAGCCCAGUAAUAGCUUUGGCUCUGGUAGAGGUUGUUGUGGGUACUUUCAUGGGUGGUGUUAUGAGCCUAGUGAGAGAUUGACGAGACUUUCAUAAAGGUUGUUGUGGGUACUUCCAUGGGUAGUGCUAUGAGCCCAGUAAUAGUGUGAAAUGGCUUUGGUAGAGGCUGUUGUGUUUGUACUUCCAUGGGUAGUGUUAUGAGCCUUGUGAUAGACUGACAAGACUAUCAUAGAGGUUGUUGUGGGUACUUUCAUGGGUAGUGUUAUGAGCCUAGUGAUAGUUUGACAAGGCUUUUUUUGUACCAUGAACAUGAAAAACACCCACAAGAAUCAGGUACAGGAGGCCGUGCCCCGAACACAUGAUGCCUCCCAAAGGAACUGGCGGUGGCUGAGUGCUUAGUGUGGACGAUGCGGGUUCGAAUCCGCUUCUACCACCUGGGAUUUUCCAGUCACCGCCGAGUGGCCCAAGACUACCCACAUGUUAUCCUGAAGACCACCCAUCAACCCGGACUCUAGAGGAACUGUCCAAGUGAGUCAAGUAUGAGCUCCGUGGGGCAGCAUGAGCCAAGAGAAGAUGGCGCCACUAUAAACAUUUGCCGGCACCACGCCCCCUAAAGAAAGCCCACUGGUGCUGUAGGUCAGGACGUAAAAAAAGGGAAAAAUGGGUUGUGUGCUAAAUCAAAAUGAACAACUGUCAAGGUAGAGGAGAUGAGGAGCAGAAAACCCACUCCUAAGAAUUAAAUUGUGGUGUGAAAAUGAACGGCUGUCGAGAUGGAGAGAACAGAAAAGCCUCCUUGUUGGUUAGUCAGUCAGUGGCUGGAGCACGCCAACACCAAAGCCGCAGAGUAGGAGAGUGUGACCACCCUCAUCACAGGCUGUUACCUAAAGAGCAACGCAAGAUUUAAGUUCAACAUUAUAAGGAGGUUUUUAAAAUGAAAUGCACAAAAUGGAGGCUACAGUACAGGGGAGAGAGUGAGGGUCAGGGA